CCUUCGUCAUUAAGUCAGGUACCAGAGAGAGCACCGGGUUUGAACACUCGCAACGAGAAAACGAAGAGCGUCGUUAAAGCAUAAAGCAAAAUUAGUGUCGGGAGAAAGGAUCGAGUGAUUGAUUGAUUCAGGGAGGAAGCGAAAUGGCGUUGCAGUGGAUGAUUUUGACAUACGUGGUAGCUGCUGAGGCAGCAGUAGCGAUCCUCUUGACUCUUCCCUCGCCGAAGCUCUUGAAGAACCGAUUGGUCUCACUCGUCGCUCUUGUUCUCCAGCCUGCUCUUUUCAUAGUCCCCUUUGCUGGGUUCCAGCUUCUAGAUAUCUACUGGAAGAAUGAGCACCGCUUGAUGUGUACCUCUGAGGCCUGCACAGCUACUGAAAGAGAUCGUUAUGAGAAAUCUAUCUACAAGGCUCAAAGAAAUGUGGUCUUAUGUGCUUCUGCGUGCCUUCUGUAUUGGUGUAUCUACCGCAUCUGUAAGUAUCAGAAGCAGAUUCAUAGUUUGGAGGAAGUUGAGAAGAGGUACAAGGAGCAGUAGUAAGCUUUCCCAUGAAGGAAAGCUGGAAUCAACUGAAUCAGAUAUAAGUAGUUUUCUUAAUUUCUAAGGGAAGCUGGUAUCUUUAGCCCAAGUUAGUGUGACGAGUCAUGUCACAGACUUGCAUUUUGCAUUCCAUGCCCAUCUGUCCCCAUGUCACUAUUAUAGAUUUUGGCUGUUGUUGGAUUUUAUUUGUUCAAAGAGAAACUUAGACAUGAAUUCAGAGUUUGUUUUAACUUUUUUUUUUUUGUCUU